UUUUUCAACCAAAUUUAUUUUGUUGAUAAUAAAGUAAUUGCAAUAUUCACUUUAGCUUGCUUGCCAAAUCCUCAUUCCCAAAUUCCAACUGCCACGCCAAAAGACCGCUAAAGUUGAAAGAUCACCAUUUACUCCCAAAUAAGAGCACAACAAUCGACAAAAUAGAGCGAAAAUUUGAACAAAACUAGCUCGGUAAAUCGAACAAAAGCUCCGGUUAGACGAAAACUAGCUCUCGGUGGCUUCAAGGGCAACAUGUUUGCCAAAAUCUUUGAAAAGCUCAAUCCUACGCCACCGCAUAGUGCAUCCCAAGGAAAUGAGAAAUUGACAGACCUGGAAGCAACAAUUGCUGUUCACUAUGGGAUUCCAUCUACAGCGUCCAUUCUGGCAUUUGACCCUAUUCAACAACUCUUGGCGAUCGGAACAUUGGAUGGAAGAAUUAAAGUGAUUGGUGGAUCUAAUGUUGAGGGCCUUCUUUUGUCUCCUAAGCCAUUACCAUUCAAGAAUUUGGAGUUCCUGCAAAACCAAGGAUUUUUAGUGGGAAUCUCAAAUGGAAAUGAAAUUCAGGUUUGGGAUCUAGAAAACAGGAGAAUGUCUUGCAGUUUACAGUGGGAGUCCAAUAUUACUGCAUUCUCCAUGAUCUAUGAUACUCAUUACAUGUUUGUGGGUGAUGAAUAUGGUUAUCUCUCUGUUCUGAAGUACGAGAGCAGAGAAGGGAGCUUGGAACUGUUACCUUAUCACAUUCCUCCGAAUCUUAUAGCUGAAGCUGCUGAGAUUUCAAUGCCUGAUCAACUAGCCAUCGUUGGUUUACUUCCCCAACCUAGUUCACUUGGAAAUAGGGUCCUAAUUGCUUAUGAGAAUGGAUUAAUUAUUCUCUGGGACAUUACAGAAGAUCGAACUGUUCUUGUUAAAAAGUAUAAACAGCUCCAUGUGAAGGAUGAAAUUGUUGUUCAUGCUUUAAAAGAUGCAAGUGAAGAGAAGUUUCAUGUUUCAUCAGAUAAUCAAGAAGGGGAAAAGGAAAUAAGCUCACUCUGUUGGUUGUCAUCUGAUGGGUCAAUUUUAGCUGUUGGUUAUGUUGAUGGAGAUAUCUUGUUGUGGAACUUAUCAGUUCCUGGGAAGAAAAGUUCAGAGGCUGAAGCUUCAUCUAGUUAUGUCAAGCUGCAACUCUCAGCAGGAGAAAGAAGACUCCCUGUUAUUGUUCUGCGUUGGUCUGCUAACAAUGCACAGAAUGGUUGUGGGGGCCAACUGUUUGUCUACGGUGGUGAUGCAAUUGGAUCAGAGGAGGCCUUGACGGUCUUGAAUCUUGAUUGGUCCUCUGGGAUAGCGGCACUGAAAUGUGUUGAAAGAGUAGACCUUGGACUUGAUGGAUCUUUUGCAGAUGCCAUUGUAGUUUCAAAUGCUAAUGGAACAGGAAUUUAUGAUGCUUCUUCCUUGUUUGUGUUGACAAAUCCAGGGCAAUUGCACUUUUAUGACAAGACAAGCUUGUCUGCUUUAAAAUCUAACCCAAAGAAGAAGCAUGCAGAUUUUGCUGUUAAGUGUCCUACAGUUGUACCUACCCUUAAACCACGUAUAACUGUGGCAAACCUAUAUCCAGUGGAUAGGAAAUGGAAUUCCUCAAGGACUACUUCAGAGGAAGUUAUGAAUGCACAACUCCAUCCAGCUCAUGGUGUGACUGAACAGGAAAUUAAAAUGCCUCUAAGUGGUAGUAUUGCCGGACAACUUCCUCUUACUGAGGAUGAUGGAAUAGAGAGAAUACUUGUUGCUGGCUAUCUGGAUGGAUCUGUCCGUUUGUGGAAUGCAACAUUUCCAGUCUUUUCACUUAUAGCUAUUCUGGAAACUCAGGCGGAUGGCAUUCAAGACACUGGUCCUAGAACAGCAAUAUCUGCUUUGGAUUGCUCCUCCACUGCUUUAACUCUUGCCAUUGGCCACCAAUGUGGCCAGGUUCGUGUUUAUAGCCUCAUGGGGCAGUCUAAGACAACUAGCUUGAACUUGGUUCCAGAUACUGAACAGGAUGUUCAGUACUGUCAAGGUGAUACUGGCUUUCAGUUUUCCCUCGUAAAAUCUCCAGUAAGCAUCCUAAAAUUUGUAGCUGUGGGUUCCAGACUUGUCGCAGGAUUUGAAAGCGGCCAGGUUGCCAUGCUUGAUAUUAGUUCAUCAUCAGCCUUGUUCGUUACGGGUUGUUUAUCCAGCUCAAGUUCCGGAAUCACUUCUGUGGCUGUGAAAUAUUAGGAUGCUCGUGAAGACACUGAGGACCACUGUGAAGAGGGAACAACAAAUGCACAUCAGAAAGAGGUUAUUUCAGUAUUAACCAGAGAUGCAGAAGUGGUUUUGCUCGAUGGCUCCACUGGCAAUAAAAUUAGCUCUCAAGCAAAACACACAAAGGAAAUGUCAACUGCUAUAUCUCUGUAUAUUUUAGAUGACAUCACCUCUGUCUCCGAAGAGUUGCAAAAGCAUUCUUCAAUUCUAGACAGUGCUGUGCAGCCUGAAGAUUUAAGACAGAAAUGUAUGGAUUCACAAAUUUUACUUUGUUGUCAGGAUGGCUUGCAUUUGUUCUCUUUAAGUUCUAUAAUUCAGGGUGGUGUCAACCCUAUUCGUGAAGUUAAACCUGCUAAACCGUGUUCUUGGACUUCCAUUCUUAAGAAUGAUGCUGAAAAAUAUGGACUGGUUUUAGUAUAUCAGAGUGGAGCAGUUGAAAUAAGAUCCUUGCCGGAUCUUAAUGUCUUGGGAGAAUCCUCAUUAAUGUCUAUAUUUAGAUGGAAUUCCAAGAUAAACAUGGACAAGACCAUAAGUUCUCCUGGUAAAGGGAUGAUUUCACUGGUGAAUGGGUCUGAAUUUGCUAUUUUAUCACUGUUGGCCUUCGGAAAUGAUUUCAGGAUUCCGGAAGCUUUACCCUCGCUGCAUAAUAAAUCUCUCGCAGCUGCUGCAGAUGAUGCUGUCGGUACAUUCCAACAUCAAAAGAAGAAACAGGGGUUGAAAGGAUUUAAAGGACAGCAGGCUGCUGAUCACAGUAACGCUCGAGAUUCUCUUGUUACUCAUCUGGAAAACAUAUUCUCUAGAUUUCCAUUCUCAGACCCUACAAAUGUAAUGGAUGACCUUGGAAGCCUGGAACUGAAGUUAGAUGAUAUUGAAAUUGAUGAACCUGUUCAUGUUACUUCAUCAUCUCUCAGCAGUGAUGAUGUCAGAAUAGAAAAGGAGACCGAUAGAGAUAUGUUAUUGGAAGGUGGUACUAGUGAUGCCAAGCCACGGCAAAGGACUCGUGAAGAAAUGAUUGCUAAAUAUAGAAACAAGGGGGAUGCUGCCUCUGCUGCAGCGGAGGCAAAGGAUAAGCUUCUUGAGCGCCAGGAGAAGCUCGAGGUACAUAUUCGAGUUUUGAUGUGUUGUAGCUUGGAUUGAAAAAUGGAAUAAAAUGCUCCUUCAUCUGCUCCAAAGUCUGUUUUUGGGAUGCUAUGUAGCAUUAGCUAAAUAGAUAGGAGCUGAUAUAGACUUAGUUACUUUAUAAUCAUAGACUGUUAUAUAGGACUGUUUGUGUAUAAUUUGGACUGCUGUUCGUAUUAAUUGUUAUUGUUAAACAUUAGCAUAAGUGCAGAAAUUAAGGUCAGGUAUUCGUGUGGAGUUAAUAAUUGAGGGCGUCCAAGUAGUUUACCAUGUUCCAUUUUUUAUAAUGCAUCUCAUCUACUGUUGCAAUUAAAUAGGGAUGGAUAUAUAGGAGUGCUGGAAUUGGAUAUACGGACUGGAUAUAUAUAUAAAUGGGACUGGACUCGAACUGGAAUAAGUCAUAAUUCGAGUUCCAUAUUGCUUAUUCAA